GGAAGGGACAAAAGGAGAGAAAAGAAAAAGUCGCAAGCUGUCACGCAGCCACACAAUUAGCCACAUUUUCCACGCUCAACAUUGUUAAAUACUCCAACCCUUCUUUCUCACCCGUUCAAAGUCUCCACUAGUUUUCCCCAAACCACGCCAACCUCCUCCGUCUUCUCUCUCUCUCUCUCUAUCUCUCUCUCCCUUCAACCCCCCUUUUUUUCUGGAGUUUUCUACAGGCCGGAUCGAACCUGCCAUGGAGAUUCCCGAUUUGAACAUGAUCAGCGAUUUCGAAGCCGGCGUGAAAUGUCUCCAGAACCCAUCUCUGAUUUCUAGCUCUCUUCCGAUUUCCGGGAUCGGCCGCAGUUUCUGGAAGUGGGGAGCUCUGAUUCUCGCCCUGGUUGCGACUUUCCGCGGCAUAAUCCGCCGGAUUAAGCUUUUCUUCUUCUAUAUCCGCGCCGUCAAGCCUUCCGUGGAGCCUCUGCUUCAGUAUCUGAGCGAGGACUUCGAUUUCUCCGACUCCGACGGUGAAGAAGACUCCUCGUGUUCUUCUUCGGAAGAGGAAGAGGUAGUCCGGCGGGCUACGACGUCGUUUGCCGGCCGUUUGAGAAAUCGACGGCGGCGGGAGACCAGCGUCGUCGAAAGGUUUCCGUGGUCUGGUUUCGCGUCCGGCGGGAAGAGUGUGGUGAAGCUCUGGGAUAAUCUGGCUGUGGGUUACGAUUUUGAUGCCGAGGUUUUUAUGAGGGAGGUCUACACCGAUCUGAAUCUAACGAAUAAGGUUUUCCCCGAAUCUCGAAGGUCGACGGCGAUGGCGUCACCGGCGGUGGUCGUUUCAUCGGAGGUGAUUGGGAGCAGAAACGACGUCGUUGUAGCCGCUUAUGAUACCAGACUAAAGGGUAGAUCUCCGGCUAUAUGUGCGGAGUGGCAGACGCCGGCGAAGAUUAGUGUCGACGUCAAUGCCGCCGGCGUCGAGAGGGUGUACGUCGAAGAUCGCGCCGCCGGCGUAGUCACGGUCGGGGACUUGAGAAACAUGAAGACAGCGCUGGGAGAAUUAACGGAGGUUAACGUCGAAACGUGGUGGGACGCCGGCGCUUUAACUGCCGACGAUGCGUGAUGUAAGGAUGAGCUGUCAUCCUCAUCUGUCAAGUUUGACGGAGUGGCGCACAAUCAGAAACAUGAAAUGGCGAACUCGAAUUAGACCAAAUGAAAUGUGAUAUUUGAUGGGAACUUAGCUUUGUCGCUUUGUCUGUAAAUGUUUACCCCGCAUUUAUUGUAAUUUAUUUUUGAACAAUUUACCUGACACAUUGAUAAUCUUUGAUUCUUCAACCACCUACCAACAUUUAUUGUAUUCCGUUCCUAAAUGAAAUUUAAAAGCUUUA